UCGGAUACCUAUACUCACGCAGCUUCAAACUUGGUUGCUUCUAGUAAUCUUGAGCAGACCAUUCAACAAAUAAUUGAUAUGGGAGGUGGCAACUGGGAUAAGGAAACUGUCACUCGAGCUCUUCGAGCUGCUUACAACAAUCCUGAGCGAGCUGUAGAUUACUUAUAUUCAGGAAUUCCAGAAACAACAGAUGUGCCUCACUUUCCUACAAGUCAGGUUGCCUUGGAAGGGACUGGAAUGGGCACAGUUUCUAAUGCUUCUUCUAUCGGAGCUCCCAAUUCAUCUCCACUGAACUUGUUUCCGCAGAAAGUAGUUUUUGGUGUUGGCAACGAUGGACUUGGUUCUCUUGUUUUUCUCAGAAGCAACCAACAGUUCCAAGCAUUACGCACUAUGGUUCAAUCAAAUCCACAAAUUUUACAGGUAUCAUAUCUUCAACUGUUAAGACUUAUACAAGAGCAUCACACAGAGUUUCUUCAACUGCUUAAUGAGCCUAGCGACGUUUUUGAAGGCGAUAUGCUCGACCAUGCCGAUCAGGAAAUGCGUCAUUCUAUCAGUGUCACACCAGUAGAGCAGGAAGCAAUUGCACGUCUUGAGGCAAUGGGAUUUGACAGAGCCGUUGUAAUUGAGGCAUUCCUUGCCUGUGAUCGUAAUGAGGAAUUGGAUGUUAACUAUUUGUUAGAGCAAACGGAAGACUACGAGGAUUGA